AUGUCACAAACAAAACUUGGGACGCACAAUGGUGUUUUUCACUGCGACGAGGUUUUGGCUCUCGCUAUGCUUCGCCAAUUACCAGAGUACCGCAAUGCCGUACUAGUUCGGUCCCGCGAUCCCGCUCGCCUUCAGGACUGUGAUGUCGUUUUCGAUGUCGGGGGCGAGUUUGAUCCGGAUAGGCACCGUUAUGAUCAUCACCAAACGUCUUUCAGUAAAACUAUCCAAGACUUUCACCCUACUCUUAAACCGGCCGUGAAACUAAGUAGUGCCGGCUUGAUCUACGCGCACUUCGGCAAACGCGUAAUCGCAUCCGUUUUGGGAGAGGAGUCGUCCGAUUCUAAUGUUGUCAAAGCAGUCUUUCCUUUCCUUUAUGCAAUCUUUAUCAGUGAGAUUGAUGGUGUUGAUAAUGGCGUCCCCACCGCUCCUGUACCGCUUACGUAUUCUAUCCACACCGAUUUAUCUUCUCGUGUCGAUCGGUUGAAUCCCUCUUGGAAUAAAUCUGAUGAGGAUGAAACGGAGUGCUUUAAUCGGGCUUACAAGCUAGUCGAGUCCGAGUUGUUAUCCACUGUUCGUGACCUCGCGGAGACCUGGUAUCCUGCACGAAGCAUUGUUGAGGCCGCUCUGCUCUCACGUCACUCCAUCCACCCCAGUGGGGCCAUCCUUCACCUCGCACUGGCCUGCCCUUGGAAAUCACAUAUUUUUGAGCUAGAAAAAAAAAUCCUUGGAAUUACUGACGCUGACAAUGACGAGAAUACUGACUUCAAGGGUCGACCGGUGUUUGUCAUCGUGGAACGGAAGGGCAGUUGUGAAACGCAAUUCACUCUGAUCUCCAUUCCCUGCAAACCGAAUCUGCCAUUCUCAAAUCGAGUGCCGUUGGUGGCCGCGUGGGGCGGAAAAAGGGACGAGGAGUUGUCUGGAUUAGUUGGUCUGCCCGGUUGCGUGUUUGUGCACUCCAAUCUCUUCCUCGGAAUUCACAGGACAUUCGACGGUGCCCUUCAAAUGGGCAUAAUGUCUCUCAAAGCUGCAAAUUAUUUGUAG